GGUAUAUUUUGAAAAUAGGAAGGUAUAUUUCGGUAUAUUUCUUCGAUAAGCGGUCCAAGUAGGCGAGAAAGAAGCAAACGCCCGCAGUUAGAGGGAAUUGGUGAAAAGCAACGCAAGCAGCAAACCACUAAAAAAGCAGCAGAGUAAAAGUGUUUUUACCAUUCGCACAAACACGAGUUCCGUGCCGGGGAGGUGGUUGAAACAGAAAACCAGCAGCAGCAGCCGCUAAUCGGGAAGGAAAAUGCAGUGGAAAUUCGGGGGGAGCAGCGCAACGCUGGCGUUGCUGCUGGCCUGCAGCAUGCUACUGUCCGCGACAGCCGAUGUGGAGUUCGGUGUCGAUGCCGACGAGUUUGAGGAUGGCAUAGUCGAAGAUGUUCAGGAGGAGGCUGUCGGCGCCGAUGAGGAGCUGGUCUACGAGAGCCCUCUGAUCGAGCCAAAGAAGUUCCACUUUGCCGACCAUUUCGAUACUGUUGAUGAGUCGCGCAAGCUGUGGGUGAACUCGCAGGCCAAGAAGGACGACAUUGCCGAGGAGAUCUCCAAGUACGAUGGCAUCUGGGCCUGGGAGUCACCGCAACGCAUUGUCUGGGCAAAGGAUAAGGGACUGGUCCUCAAAUCGAAGGCAAAGCAUGCAGCCAUUUCGGCGCGCCUUCGCAAGCAGUUCGAUUUUAAGGCAGAAAAACCGCUGGUGGUGCAAUAUGAGGUCACGCUGCAGGAGGGUCAAGAUUGUGGCGGCUCGUACAUCAAGCUUCUGUCCGCUGGCAAGGAAACCGAAGAUCUGAAGGCAUUCAAUGACAAGACACCCUACACCAUCAUGUUUGGCCCGGACAAGUGCGGGAACGAUGUGAAACUGCAUUUCAUAUUCCGUCACGUCAAUCCAAUUAACGGCACCAUCACCGAGAAGCAUUGCAACAAACCAAAGAACCGCCUGGACGAUCUCUUCAAGGAUAAGCUGCCCCAUUUGUAUCAGCUGGUCGUGCAUCCUGACAACAGCUUCGAGAUUCGUGUGGAUCACAAAAUCGUCAACGAGGGCUCCCUCCUGACAGACUUUAAGCCGGCCGUUAAUCCGCCAGCAGAGAUCGAUGACCCGAAUGACCACAAGCCAGUGUCGUGGGAUGAGCGCGAGAAGAUACCAGAUCCGACAGCAUCGAAGCCCAGUGAUUGGGAUGAGGAUGCACCGCCCCAGCUGCCCGAUCCCGAUGCUGUUAUGCCCGAGGACUGGCUGGAGGAUGAGCCCGACAUGAUAUUCGAUCCCACGGCCAGCAAGCCCGAAGAUUGGGAUGCCGAAAUUGAUGGCGAAUGGGAGGCACCGCUGGUGGACAAUCCCGUCUGUGAGAAGGCUGUUGGCUGUGGCAAGUGGAAGGCUCCGCUCAUCCCCAAUCCCAACUACAAGGGCAAGUGGCGUGCACCGAGCAUUGACAAUCCCAACUAUCAGGGCAAGUGGUCGCCCCGCAAGAUUGCCAAUCCCGAUUUCUUUGAAGAUCUGAAGCCCUUCCGCAUGACACCGAUUAGCGCUGUUGGUCUGGAGCUGUGGUCCAUGUCUAGCGACAUUCUCUUCGACAAUCUGAUCAUCACCGACGAUGUGGCGGUGGCCCGUGAUUUUGCAGCCAUGAGUUUUGAUAUCAAGCGUCGCUACAUUGAUCGUGAAUCGGACUCAUUCGUGAAUAAGGUAGUCGACCUAGCCAAGGCCAAUCCCGUGGUUGCGGGCCUUGUCCUGGUCGUCUUUGUCGUGCUAUUCGUAUUUGUCACCAUUUGGUGUAGAUUUGGUGGCGCUAAGAAAGAGGACGCUGCCAAGCGCGCUGCUGCUCAGGCAAAGAAAACCGAUGCGCCACAGCCCGAUGAUGCACCCGAAGAGGAGGAGGAGAGCGAUCCAUCGUCUGAGAGAGCUGCUGGCGAUUCCAGUAAGGAAAGCACGCCGCUGUCCGCUAGUCCCAAGAAGAAUAAAAAGUCUGAUUUAGAGGAUAAUGUUGAGACCAAGCCGGAGGAGACCAAGCCGGAGGAGACCAAGCCGGAGGAGGCCAAGCCGGAGGAGGCCGAGGGUUCUGAUGAGCCCGCACAGACUGAGGAAACUACCACAAAAUCUACACGUAAGCGUGCAGUGCGCAAGGAGUAAAGCGGAUCAACAUCAAAUCAACAGAAAUCAAGAACAUUUUAAACAAAACUUAACCCAUUUCCACAAAGCAAAAAGCAAACAAACAAUAUUCAUUUCAAAUAUUAUUCGAUGUUCAACCACAUGUGAAUCACAUUUCUCCCCCAACACCCCACAAAUACACAUACAAACACACA